GCCGUGUUCCGUGAUAUGUGUAGAACGAAGACGCCAACAACUCAAGUAGUGUGCGCAUGGCAUCAACGACCAACCUUGUUUCGCUCUCUCCCGCUCAUUAUCUCUUGUUCGCUCGGGAAGACUGACGUUUGGCUGGAUCUCGUCUUGUUUUGCUUUGCGACGCCUUCCUACUGCUGUGUCCACCUGCAACCAGUCUGUGACACACGGGAAAGGGGCGGGGGACAAGAGGUGUGGCUAUUGCGCGGCUAGCUGUUCGACGACACAAAACGGCUCGUUUGACGAGGCUGUCGUGCCCAGAGUCGGUAUCGGAGAUAGCUUUGGUGGCGAGCGGCCGGGGUAUCUACCAUGAGCGCAGGCACGGGAUUCCCGUACAUUUUGUACGACUUGCUCAAUAAAGAGUCCCCGUCGAUUGUCAUGUGGACCAGCACGGGCACCGCCUUCGGAAUCCGCGACAUGGCGUCGUUUCGACAGGACGUGCUCACGUGCUACUUCAAGCACAACAAGUUCAGCAGCUUCCAGAGGCAGCUCAACCUUUACGGCUUCCGCAAGGUGGUUAAGGGCCGCGAGUCUGGGUGCUAUAUGCACCCUUCAUUCCUGCGGGACAGCCCGGAGAAGCUGACGGAGGUGAAGAGGGGGGUCGUGCCGCCAUGUCCCCCGUGCUACAGCCGCAAGAUCUACGGCAGCGGGCCGAGGUUCAUGAGCCAGGAAGAGGGCAGCGAUUCGGAGCCCGAGCUAGUGGUGCAGGCCAGAGGUCACUGGGAGAAGAGCCUCGGGCCCACCGACGUUGCCACCCACAUGCGCCUGGGGGAGAUGCACAUGUCCGCCGCAGCCUUAGGCGCGGCGCGCGCGCAGAUCCAGGGGGACGGGGCCGGCACCGGCAGCCACGCGGCAGCGGCGGCGGCGGCGGCAGCAGUGCACCACCUCCAGGCGGCCCAGGCCCACAUCCAGGGGGUUCCGGGGGGGGACUCUUCGCGAGGGCCGGGAGGAGUUGUCGUUGGGAUGCCGGAGAUGGAUGCUGCCAGGGGGCUGCCUCCACCUCCCGCGGAGAUGGACGGCGGGGGAGGGGGGAAGUCGCCCUUCUUGAGGGCGUCUUCGUCUGGCAACGUGGACCGCUCUUCUGCCCAGCAGCCGCAGCCGCACAUGCAGCAGCACCGCCAAGAGCAGCCGCAGUACAUGCAGCAGCAACAUCAGAUGCAGCACCGCUUCGGCGGAGCCUCGCCAAUGGCGGAACAGUCGUCGCCCCACGACGACGCGCGCGGCGGCGGCGAUGCUGGUAGCUUGGGGUAUAUGCCCCCGCUUGCAGCGGUCGGCGGGCGGGAAGAGGGAAUGCCGAUGGGGGCCCCCACGGUUGAAGAGGUGGGGUCGUCGGCGAGAGGCAUGGGGGACUUCCGACCGGGGCAGACGCCUAUGGUGUUGAGCUUGAGCCGGCUGCUGGAGAACCUGGAGCACACUCUGGAGGCCCCCCUGGCUGAGGAGAUGUACACGCCCAUCGGGCAGCGCAACUCCUUCUGCGCGCAGAUGGUGAACAUCGCUCAAGUCCUCGAGGAAGACCCGUCCUUACAGCAGGGCGCGGAGGGAGAAUCGAGAAGCCGCCGUUGCUCCUACCUCGCCCAAAAGCGCCGGUCGUCUGUGACGGAGCUGGCCUACUACCUGCAGGACAUGCUCGACGAGGGAGAGUCGAACCGAAUGAUCACCAACACGCCGGGCUGGACGCUACCGCCACCCAUGCCCUCUGCGCCGGGCAGCCUCGAGGGCGCGUUCCCCUCGCGGGAAGGCAGCGGCAGCGGCAACCGCGUCACCUUCAAGCGCACCGCUCCAGAAGACUUUGAGAGCUAUGGGGAGUACGGGAUGGCCGGCAACGUAGGCGGCGGCGGCGGCGGCGGCGGCGGCGGUAGCAGCAGGCAGGCUGCUGGCGGGAUGGGGGCUCCGCAGGACGCGAGCAACGAGGUGGGCCCCGGCAGCUUCAACCUUAAGCGGGCGAGAGGGGGUCCGCAGAUGGCGGAGCGCUUUCCCUCCGGGAGGGAGGGUCCGGUGGGGGCGGGAGGAGGAGGAGGAGGAGGAGGAGGCGGGGUGGGGAGACACGGGCGGAGAAUGUCGGAGGCUCGGAUGAACGCCAAGGUUGCGGCUAGCCCGAGCGUGGUCCAGGCGCUCACCUGCCUCGCUAGCGGUCUGCCCGAGACUAGCGAUUCCGAGGAGAACACGCAGGAAUCGACGGCGGCGGCAGUAGGAGCGGCGUUGUCUCUUUCAUCGUCGUCCACCGAGCCGCAGGCUGGCGGCGGCGGGACCGGUGUGAACAGGGAGGGGUUCAUGCCGCACAAGGUCUCCGAGGAGAGGCCGGGCGGGGAGGCCGCCGCCGCCGGCCGAGAGAUGCCGCUGCCGAACCCACGCCGGGGGAGCAAGGCCAUCAACGACGUCGUAACCAAGUUCUCGAUCGACCAGGCGCUGGAGCAGCUCAAGGGAGAGGAUGAAGGGGGGGAGGGAGGAGGCGGCGACGGCGGCGGCGGCGGCGGCGGUGGGGAGGACCGGGGCGAGCCUAACCCUUGCGAGCAGUCGAGUGACAAGCAGCGCGCGUCCGUGUACGUGCUCAUGCACGCCAUCGCGGCCGUCGACACGGCGAAUGACGAGAUGUUUGGGGAAGAAGAGCCCCUAGAUGGCGUGGAGACUGAGGCGGCGAUAUGAUGAUGGAAUGGAGAGAGCGUCUUUAUUAGGUUUCGAGAGAAGCACGCUACGGUGGGUGUAUCUACGAGGAUUCUGUUCUGUUUAUUUUUGGCUUUUGGUCCGGAGACAGGCGCGUAAAAAGGGUCGUUGUCACUGGUGUUGCUUGUGGGCGGAAGUCUUCUUGCGGAAACGUUUCGAAACGUUCGGCGGGAAACGACAUUGAAUUAGGAAGAAAGAUACACAGAUGAACGAUUGAUGGGAUGUGGUGCUUCUCUCCCCUUGGUUGUAGCGUACCAGGGUGUACAGCGAAGUAGGGAUGGGGUCGGGAAGGCAGCGAAGUGAUCCAGAGAAAACUUCGGAUCAUUGCUCGUGAUGAAGAUUUUCUUGCGGUCGGAGCACUGCUUUUGCCCGCAGCAGACAGAAGCAGAGCUCGCGCCACAAACGCUUGUGGACGAGAGUUUUCUUGUCAGGAUUUGACUUUGUUUCGUUUGCCGUGUGCUACAACAGGGACCUUUGCCGUUCGUAGACAUGUCAGUAAGUCUGUGCCAUAUUUGCUCGGGCCUUUGUUACUGGGGCCAGGCUCGCUUGUCUGUCAUCUUCCUCUUUCGUUCGGUUGGUGUCGAAAAUCUUGGAUCGACGGGUUUGUCGAUCCCUCGGCUGACGAAACUUCCUUUCGCUUUUUGACGUUAUUACCACCACCUUCACUUUGUCGAUUUUCCUCGUUCAUCAUCCUCAACCCAAAGAGUGCUGCUGCCGGUGGAGUAAAGGGUCAUAUCGACAAAGGUGCCGCGCCGAAAACUCUCAGGGGAAGGAAAUGGCCGCAGUUUUCUGACUGGUCAAAACACCUUGCGCGAUUUUUUCGGAGGUAAUUACCGAAUAUCUUAUCAUAGGGAGGUGGUGGAGGGUGUCCCUAGGAAGUGCGCGGGGCCUCUUCGAGUCCACAACGUAACAAGAAGUGAAAUCCUGUCCGAGAGCACUACGUCGUGGCUGUCGUUCGAUCGCCCCAAUGGUUCAAUUGGCAGCAUGAACAGCGUUCUCUCGAAAAAGUGGGACGUGAACUCGAAUCACCUCGAAAGAAAGUCACACGAAUUUUCCUUGCGUGCUGCCUGCACUGCUGUUGAUGUCAAAGCCUUGAAUAAAUAAUCAAUAAAUAAUCAAUAAAUAUCAUCAUGUGAACCCCCGGAGGAUCGGUCCAAGCGCCCAUAAAAGCUGACUGUCGGCCCUUUCCGACGUCGCCGUGUCGCCAUUGAUAUCCUUCCUUCUCUGUGGAGGUAUGUAGAUGUAUCCCACCCAAAGAAAGAGUGAAGGGCACGCGGGAUUCCACCACAUGCAUGCUACUGCGUCAAUGAGGAUUAUUAGCAACGAAGUCGGGUUUGGACAACAGUCCCUCACGCGAAAUCUUCCAUGUGAUUGGUUAACAUCAAACCAGUCACUCGGGUAUUGUUCACCGAAUAAAUACCAAAAGGCUUUUCAACGUGCUACCGCCGUUACACAAAACUAUAAGCGCUUCAAACACAAAAUCCCAACCACACCAUAUCGCGAUCGCUUCAUCACCCCCCCUACCCCCAGUCACAUCACAAAGACAACCGAAACAACAUUGGUACAGGUAGCGGUGCAACCAAAAACGGAAGAAGGCGUUUCGCUUGUGGAUGCCUCAGAAGGAACUGCUUUCCUAUUGUACAACAUGCACCACACACACUGCGCACGUUGCGCGUGUAAACGACCCAUACUCAAAAGGGUCGCAAACAAAAUAACGUGAUUCGCAUGAACUCGUAAAUUGGAACGCGCCAUGUUCAACACCAAAAACACCGGGCGGGGGGGGUGUACUCAU